GGGGAUUGGAAACACCUGAAUCACAUGAUAUGGAGGGGAUUGGAGCACCUGAAAUCACAUGAUAUUGGAGGGGAUUGGAACACCUGAAUCACAUGAUAUGGAGGGGAUUGGAACACCCUGAAUCACAUGAUAUGGAGGGGAUUGGAACACCUGAAUCACAUGAUUAUGGAGGGGAUUGGAACACCUGAAUCACAUGAUUGGGAGGGGAGUGGAACACCUGAAUCACAUGAUAUGGAGGGGAUUGGAACACCUGAAUCACAUGAUAUGGAUGGGAUUGGAAACACCUGAAUCACAUGAUAUGGAGGGGAUUGGAACACCUGAAUCACAUGAUUGGGAGGGGAUUGGAACACCUGAAUCACAUGAUUGGGAGGGGAUUGGAAACACCUGAAUCACAUGAUAUGGAGGGGACUGGAACACCUGAAUCACAUGAUUGGGAGGGGAUUGGAACACCGCUCUGAAUCACAUGAUAUGGAGGGGA